AUGCGUCUUACGCGUGUAUUGUAUCAAAUGACUCGUACAGUGAAUAUUGGACAACAAAAAGUACAGCUAACUGGGGCCACACCUGAUAUCGUCGACAAAGUGGUGGCAUUCCAACCAUUCCAGGACUGGGUGAAGCGAUUGGAUAAGGAGCAACGCGAUCGUAACGAUGAAAUGGAUAUCACGUCAAUCGAGAUUCAGAGCACCGAUGUCUUUUCUUCGGACAAGCUUGGUUUCGUAAAGUUCAAGGCCAACGUCAAGUUUAGGGAUACUGGAAAGAGUGCGCCUGGUAUUACUUUUAUGCGAGGUGGAUCAGUGUCGGUGUUGACUAUCCUACGAUGUGAUGAUGAAAGCGACAAAGAGGAUCAAAUCCUGUUAACGCUACAGCCGCGAAUUCCCGUAGCAAGUUUGGCGUUUCCCGAAAUUCCUGCAGGAAUGUUGGAUGGCUCUGGCAACUUUUCGGGCACUGCUGCUCGUGAGAUUUAUGAAGAAACAGGUUUAUCCAUCGAAGAACAUGAAUUGAUAGACCUAACAGAGGAGGCGUAUGGAAGUCAAUGGCAAGGCGUAUAUCCGUCAGCUGGUGGAUGUGAUGAAUUCCUUCGAUUGUUCCUUUGUAUCAAACAUAUGAGCCACGCUGAUAUCCAAAAAUUGGAAGGAAAGCUGACAGGAUUGCGAGAUAGAGGCGAAAACAUCACUCUCAAACUGGUACCAUUGAAGGAUGCAUGGCGAAUGGCACCUGAUGCCAAGCUGUUAUCGAGUUUAGCUUUGUAUAAUGCACUUAAGGAACAAAAUGAUAUGAUGGAUUAA